CGCAUUUUUUGUAGGAGCAAGAAUGGAAGAAGAGACAAACCAACUAUCCUUAAUACUUUGACUACAGUUGGAGUAUGGAAUGGUAACAUGUGCUAUCUUGCUGCACCAAUCCCUAUCUCACCCAAAUUUCGCUGUCCCCCUAAAUAAAGGUGUCAACGAUUUCGCAUUUUUUUGUAGGCACAAGAAUGGAAGAAGAGACAAACCAACUAUCCUUAAUACUUUGACUACAGUUGGAGUAUGGAAUGGUAACAUCCGCUAUCGUGCUGCACCAAUCCCCAUCUUGGCC